AAUAAAAUUUGAUGAUGGAGCUAAGAUUAGGCUUCAAUUCCACAUCUAACAGCACUGCUGUGGGUUCAGAACAGAUUGCUCCUGCUGUAGUUCUGGGUUUGUGCUGUUUGGUGGGUUUGCCAAGCAAUAUCGCAGUAAUCAUCAGCAUUGCUCGUGAGUGGAACACACAUUUUAGCUUUACCUUAAGUCUAAUGCUAAACCUUGCUGUCUCUGAUGCUUUGACCCUUUGCUUGGCUCCUGUCGUGCUGUGUGGAAUACUGUUUGGAUGGAAACUUGGCCUUUGGUCUUGUAGGAUCCUGUUCUUCUUGGGUCACUGGAGUCUGUAUGUUGGUGUCCUGACGGUCACCUCCAUGAGUGUGUACCGUUAUCACAAUGUCAUCAAGUCAAGGGUCACUAACAGAAAGCUACUGCACAGACUGGAAAGACAACACAGACACCUUCAUCUGACUGGCAUCUGGAUUCUAGCCUUUGUUUUUGCCCUACCAAUAUUUUUCACUCAAAGACUCAAAGACAAGGAUAGAUUGCAAAGAUGUCAGAGGACAAUGGAGUCACGGUCUGUAGAAGUGGCUGUUUUACUUCUUGAGACCCUGUUGGGGUUCGUCAUUCCAUUUUUGAUCAUGUUAACAUGUUAUCUCUGUUUGCACAAAGGCUUGAGCCAAAAAGCCAAGAGCUCCAGUCUACCUCGAGCUCCACAGGACCAGAAACCAGAGGGCAAACGUUAA